AUGCCUAAAUCUUAAACUCUAAUUUCCCCUUCCCAAAUUACAAUUGCAAUUUGCAAACUCAGAAGAGUACCUCGAGACGAGAGAUCAGAGUCGGUCGUCUCCUUCGCAACUCCUCCACUCCAGUAGUCCAGUCGGCAGUCUCCAGACUCCAGAUGGCGGAAAUCUCAGAAUUCAAAUAUGCUUAUUUCAUUUCCGGAGUAGAAAUAAUUCGGAUUAAAAUCCCUAUGACAUCUAAUAGUUUUAAACACGAAGUCGAGCUUGUGUUCUCUAAUCCAUCUCAACCUCUUCCAAGAGGUAUGGGACUCUUUAGCCACAAUCACAUUGUAUAUAUGGUUGGGGGCUACUUUUUCAAAAGGGAUGUGUGCGUGGACAGACCUAAGGUUGUGGAUGUGGAUGGACUUCAAUAUUUCGAUCUUGUUUAUAUGUUUGAUCCAACCAAGUUUGAAGAAAUUCCGCUUGAAAAUAUUAAACCACUUCAGAACUUAAACUGUGAUUGCAUGAUUAAUCCUAACGUCAUUCGAGCUGAGGAUCGGAUUUACCUGUUGUCACUGCGUGAUUAUUUUUGUCAUAAUUUUGACAUGAUCGGACACGCCUUCCAUUUUCAAUACUUUGAUCCAAACAAGAAUUUGUUUAAAACCCUGCCACCCCCACCCGUCCUACGUGAUUAUAAUUUAAUGAACAUGGGUAGUCUUGAUGCACGGUGUCAUUUUUUCCUUAGAGGUUAUAUAUAUGUGUUUAUUACAGACGCCAAGACUUGUUUUCAAACAUCUAAGUUCAACACCAUAAAUUCAGAUUCACAAUGGGAGGAUUGCAAGUCCAUGGUGGACAAAUUUAAAGAGAAAAAUAUUCCUUUUCCCUUCUUACAUGUUGGCGAUAUGGGGAUUUCGAAUGAAUUGGCUGAUAACACUUGGAUUCUAGUCGCCCUUAAUGGUGGUGCUCUGCCCAUUGCAUAUAAUGUUCACCUUAGUGACAAGGGUGAUAUUGAUCCUAUAUCUCAUAGGGUUCUGGCUGAACUUCAUACUUCGGAUGUUCAUAAGUAUGGCAGAAAAAAUGAUUGGAAACAAUUAGCUGAUAUGGGAGGUGGAAGGUUUUGUGUGAUGUGCUGUGCUUUAGAUGAAGAUUUUUUGAUAUACGGCUUCGAAAUUGAUUUUGAACUUGAAUGGACCAUUCAAAGUGAUAAAACUAAAGUGAGUUCGUCAUCUAUUAUUUUCAAAAUGGAAUUCGAUCAUAAUUACCCCAUCCCUUUGGAGAGUCAACUUACCGGUUUCUGUAUAGCCUCUGCUCCGCCUCCUCUUGCAUCUCCUAGCUCUGCUCCUCCUCCUCUUGUAUCUCCCGACAGUGAAGACCAAGACAAGAAUGAUAGGAAGAGUAAGAGAAAAUGGGGGAGUGGAUUGUUUGUAUAUUUACUUCCAACUAUGUCAGCUCUGCUCCUCCACCUCAUCUGGGGCCGCUGAGCUUGCAGUGUGGUGGAGGGCCUAUCUGACUGCCGGUCCCUUAGUUGUAUACUCACCAAGUUGGAAAUUACAAAGCUGGUCUCAGGCAUGUUAUAUUUCGGCUACAUGUUGAUUGAGUCAUAUGCCUUGUUCGUUUAAACCGGGACAAUUGGCUUUUAUGCAUGCAUGCUUGCUUCUGGUUUGUUUGUAAGAUAUACUCUGUCUGUGAAGAUUGACUGAUGGCAACAAAGUACGUACUCAAUUACUAGUGAUGAAGUUGAUUGAUAAGCAUUUUCUUGUCUUAGGAUUUGUGAACUUGUGGAUUAAUAUAUGGAACAUGCAUGCUCUGAUCUUGGUUAUGAAUAUUUUAGAUUCCAUUUCUUUAA